UGCCACUGGAAACUCACGGCAUUUAGUGUAGGGUGGGGGUAAUAGACGGGGUGGCCCUCCCUCACCUACCCGCUCACCCCCCAGGAGAAAGUAACUGUGUUUGCUACAGGAAGCAAGGCGACAGGAGUAGCGGUUCCUGACACCGGAAGUUGACUUGUCGCUAGCGGAACAGGUGUUCUCAGAUUUAAGAUUAACUGAACUGCUGCUCGUACUGAAGAGAUGUCUUCUGGAUGGACAAGUCGCCCAUCGUCUGCGGCUUCACGAAGCAGUCGACAUUCACAUGCAUCCAGUAAUUCCCGUGCUGAAGAUUCAAGCUUGAAGCUAGAAUGCAAAGCAGCAUAUUUAUCUGUAUUUGAUGACAUUCACGACAACAUUAUGAACAAGAAAGAUUUUAUUCUUGUUCUUCAACAAACUGGACGCAAUCCCACACCAAAGGUUGUGCAAAGGUAUUGGGAUGAAAAUACAGAGUCUAUAUCUUUUGCUGAAUUUGUGGACAUCUGCCGCAAGGAACCUCCAACUUCAGUAGAUGAUCUGUUAAGAGCAUUCCGCAAAUUUGACAUCAAUGGUGAUGGUUAUAUCUCGCUAGAGGAACUAUACAAAGUUAUGACAAUGAAAGGUGAAAAACUUUCACGACAAGAAGUGAAGGCUAUGAUUGAUGAAGUGGAUGAAAACAAAGAUGGAAGGUUGGACUACAAAGAGUCUGAAAUCUUUCGCUAUAUAGAGUUUUGUAAAAUGUUUGUGGCUACUACUGAGGAAUGCAAGAAAAUGUCAUUGAGAGUGAUGGAGAAAAAAGAGCGCCAGCGGACACAGAAAGAGGAUCAACCUUCAGUCAGGCCAAGAAAAGACAAGGAUGAGGGUGCUGACCUUGGUUCGCAGCUUUCCAUUAGAUCUUCCACCUCAGAGAAAAGAGACAGGAAACUUUCACAGGCUUCAGUCAGGUCAGAUAACAAGGACAAUACAAAUGUGGAAGAAGGAAAAAGAGUGGAGAUGGAAGAUAAUAGUGAUGAGAGGGGAGAUAAAGAGGCCUCAGAGAUGAUGGAAGAAAAUACGUCUCUCAGGGGUUCACGAGUUUCUCUUCAGUCACGACACUCUGUCAAGAGUGAGAAGAGAUUGUCACAGGCUUCAUUAAAAUCAGCAUCUCACACAGGCUCAAGACAAUCACUUCUCAGCAUUGAUGAUUUACCAAAACCAUCACCACGGAAUCGGAAGGAAAAACAAAGAGUUUCACGUACUGGAAAUUUUCCACAACCCAGCAACUUGCGUUCUUGGAAACAUGCACAGUCCAAAGGCUGUUUCUUUGUGGAUGAGGCCAGGGGCUUUGUGAGCCACCAGUACCUGUUAACACUCAUGGAAGACACAGCCAUCUGGCUCACAAUACAGCCCAUAACAAUCGGUGAUCAUGGAGGAGAUGUUCUAGACAGGCCACCUGUAGACACAGCCAUGUACAUACUGCGAGCUGACCAUGAUGAUGAUAAAGCGCUGGUCACAUUCACUGAGCAUCAAGACAGCAAAGGGUGCUAUGGUGUGCGGUGUGACCUGGCAGCUGGGUCUUAUCAUUUGAUACCUUUCACAACUGGCUGUCGUUUGAGACCUCGCAAAUCAGACUCGUCAAAAGAAGCAAAAUUGGUCAUCAGAGACAAAGAAGGAAAAAUUACGCUGACUAAACCUUUCAGGAAGGCACUGGAAGAGAUAUUUGAUAUGGCUGACUUGGAUGGCAAUGGUCUUCUGAGCCGAGAUGAGUUCAGCUGGUUUAACAUCCGCACCAGUGAUGAAAACGUAGCUGAUGAUGAGUGGCAGGUAGUGGAGGAGAAUGUGGAGAUGGAGAAGGGGGAGAUAACCAAAGAUGGCUUCCUGUCCCUGAAUGUCAUGGAGGCAGAAGACAAUGAUGGGGACACAGAAGAUCUUUGGAUCACUCUAAACAGUAUGGGCUACAACAAGGCCUUGCAGCUGGACGAGGCAUGUCCAUUCAAGGUCGAUGUUUAUGCAGAGGAUGGGGAGGCAGCCCUGGAGGUUACAAAGUUGGAGAAUCCUGGUUUACUCCUAGAGGGCACUGUGUGUGCUUCAGUGAUUGCCAAGGGUGAUGCGACCAAAAUCAAGUCUGUGAAAGAUCUGAUGCUUUACACAUACCAAGGAGAUGCUCGUGCAACUGUUGUCAUUGAAAACAAGUCACGAACAAAAGUGACCAUGGAGCUAGACUGCAGCAAAAGCAAAAACUGUGCCAGUAACCAUGACAGCCUUGUCUGCAGCAUAGCUGUUCCACCCCAGUCCAGAAUGGUUGGCAUGCAUUUACUUCCAGUGAAUGAGAGUGCCGAGUGGUUUGUCCAGUGCACAGAAGCCAUCCUGAAAUAGUGAAACAACUUGAUAACCUUCAUACUUAUCUUUUGAUAUUAAGUCUUUGAGAAAAUAUGUAUAGCUCUUAGUAGUCUUCAAAAAGUCCAGUCCUGGUAGGAAAAAUUGGAUUAACAGCCAUCUUACUGGACAGUGUGAUCCACUGCAACAUUUGUUGUUCUUUAAAUCCCUUCUCAAACCCUUUUUAUUUAUAUAUUAUUGCCAGUUGUUCCACAUUGUCAUUUUUUUUAUUGUUUCUUCAUUUUUAUUUGAAAAAAAUUCAUUUAUUUAUUGGUGACUUGCUCCAUCCAACCUGUUAUAUUUCAUCAGUUUGUUCAUUUAACUUUUUAAAAAUUCUUUCUUUUAAGUUUACAAGCUGACAUGUCAACCCUGCUGCAAUUAGCAGUCGGUAGACCAUGAUUGGUCUUUCCUCUUUAAUUUUUAGGCGAAGGGGCUAGGUAACAUUCUUUUGCAAUUAAAACAAGUCAUUGUUUCUGGAACAGAAAUAUCAGACACUCCACAAACAUUGGGACAGAAAAUUUCAUAUUUCCGUAAUUAUUAUCUAAGAUUUUGGUCAUAUGCAAAGUUACCACUCAUUAAUAACCUGGUUCCUCAUUAAAAGCACCCUUUCUUCCUUCUCCAUAACUGUGCUAGUGCAUAAACAAUUGCAUCAAUAAUUUACUCUUUCAAUAUUAAGAUAGCAGUGAAAUUCUGAUAAUGUAAACAUGCCUUAUAAGAAUCUUCUUCGCAGGAAAUAUAAAUCAUUCCCAUCAAAA